UGCGCGUGGCCGUCUAGUUCUGUCUGAGGCGCGUGAAUGCACGAGUACAUAGGCAUUAUCUUCAUUUCCAGUUUCAUCGGCAGUUUACAGAAUGCGGAGGUGAAAACGGACGCUCUCGCCGAUCGAGGCACAAAUCCUUGACGGUAUACGGCUGGUAUUACACCAGUUAGUAUUAUUUUUCUUAUCUGAAAGCUGUUCCUGGGCGAGAAUCACGCAUGCAUUCAAACAGAGGAUUAUCGCGGAGGAACUGCCUCGAAACCAUGAGCUGCAGUUGGGGGACGGAGCUGUGGGAUCAGUUUGAUAAUCUAGAGAAACACACUCAGUGGGGCAUUGAGUUUUUGGAGCGCUACACUAAGUUUGUGAAGGAACGGUCUGAGAUUGAACUGAGCUAUGCUAAACAGAUCAGGAAUCUGUCCAAGAAGUAUCAGCUUAAGAAGAACUCUAAAGAGGAGGAGGAAUUCAAGUACACCACAUGUAGAGCGUUUCUGAUGACUUUAAAUGAGCUGAACGACUACGCGGGUCAACACGAGGUCAUCGCCGAAAACCUGUCUACUCAGAUAAUCGCCGAACUGACCCGCUACACUCAAGAACUGAAGGCUGAGCGGAAAUCGCAUUUCCAUGAUGGCCGCAGAGCGCAACAACACAUUGAGAAUUCCUGGAAGCAGCUGGAAUCGAGUAAGAGAAGAUUUGAGCGAGACUGUAAGGAAGCGGAUCGCGCCCAGCAUUACUUCGACAAGAUGGACGCCGACAUUAACGUGACUAAAGCAGAUGUGGAAAAGCGGUGUUCUCUCAAGGCGAAACAGCAAGCUCAGAUGAGGCAUCAGAUAGCAGAGGACAGUAAAAACGAGUACCUGACCUACCUGCAGAAGUUCAACAAGGACCAACAUGAACACUAUUAUACGCUUAUUCCACAUAUCUUUCAGAGGAUACAGGAGAUGGAGGAGAGGCGGGUGGGCAGAGUGAGGGAGAGCAUGCGGGUGUACACUGAGGUCGAGCGUAAAGUAUUGCCCAUCGUCAGCAAGUGCCUGGACGGCAUGACCAAGGCAGCUGAAUCCAUUGAGCCUAAAAUGGACAGCAAGCAAGUUGUAGAAUCGUAUAAGUCUGGCUUUGAGCCGCCGGGUGAUGUGGAGUUUGAGGACUACAGCGUGUCAAUGAAGAGGGCAGUGUCAGAAUCAAGCUUCCUGAAUGCUCGCGGAGAGAGCAGACGCCGAAGCAGGAGCAAACUGUGGCCUUUACUCAAGAGAAAUAAGCUUAUGUCUUUGUUAGCAUCGCCCCGCCAGCCCCCUCCCCCUCCCCCCACCUCUCCGUCCCCGGACGGCCUCCCCAACGGCCCUCAGUCCCCGCAGCAGCCCAAGGAGCCCCUCAGUCAGCGCCUCAAUGACUUCAUGGGCACCAAACACAAAAUGCACUGCCUACGGAGCCUGAAACGUGGGCUUUCUCUAAAGCUGGGAACAGGCCAGGAGGACUACAGUCAUCUGCCCCCUGAGCAGAGGAGGAAGAAACUUCAAGCCAAGCUCAAUGACAUUAACAAGGACAUUCAGAAAGAGAUGGAUCAGAGGGACGCCCUGACUAAAAUGAAAGAUGUUUACAUUAAGAAUCCUCACUUGGGGGAUCCAGACAGUAUAGAUCCACGGUUAGAAGAAAUCACACAAAGCUUGGAAAAGUUGCAGCUUGAGGCACAUAAAUUUGAGGGCUGGCUGACGGAGGUGGAGAGGAAGUUACUUGAAAAGGGAUCCGAGUCUCAGAGAAGACAGAGCAGUCAUUUUGACUCGCAGGGCAACACGCCUCUUACAAACAACUACGGUCAAAACCGAGAGAGUCCGGAUGGCAGCUACACGGAAGACCCCAGCACAGAGACGACGAUGCAGUUCAAAUCUCGCAGUACUGAGUUCGACGACGAAUUUGACGACGAGGAGCCUUUACCCACUAUUGGAACAUGCAAAGCACUUUACCCAUUUGAAGGUCAGAACGAAGGUACCAUAUCCAUGGCAGAGGGUGAGAUGUUAUAUGUAAUCGAGGAGGAUAAGGGUGACGGAUGGACCCGUGUCCGCAGAAACGAGGACGAGGAAGGAUACGUGCCCACAUCCUACAUCAAACUCUUUUUGGACACGAAUGCCAAAGGUGCUAUGACAUACAUAUAAUCCCACGUUCAGAACACGCGGAAAGCGUCUUUAGUGAAUGCUGUUUAACCGUACAUACAGUAGAACAUGAAAAUGUUCUCAUUGAACAGAGGUAGCAGACAGCAGAGCACUUCCUGUUUUUACAAGUUCAAGAUGCCAUGUGUCAUUUCUCUGUUUUGGUCCUUACUUAGGUUUUUAAUUACUGCUCUCUUAGACUAAACAAGUUCUGCAUCCACAAGGGUACAGCGAAUUAGGCAAUAAGACACAGCUGCUGUGUAAUUUUGAUAUAUCUGAUGGAAAUGGCUGCUUUACCAACAUAUCAUGUUCAUAUUUAGCAUUAUAGCUUGGCAUUAUGGUGGUUUUCUGCUAUAACCAAGAUAUGUAGAUACUCAUAUUCAUGUUCAUAUUUUUAAUGAUCUAUGAGCAAUCAGAUACUUUUAGAUUAUGAAUGAUUAGAAAAUGUCAAAAGCAAAUAUUCUGAAACCUCCUGGCAAUAAAAAAAAAUAUUUACUAAUAUUUUGACCUUAAACCUACAGAAUAAGUAGCAAUCCUGCAUUUUAACUAUAGUCAAAAUGUGUUUUUAAUUAUAAUGAUUUUUUAAGAUGUUGAAAUAUCUGAGAAUCUUUUGCAUGAGAGAUGGAAUAGGAUAUUUUCUCAGGUACGUUUACUUUGGUGUACAUCCUUGUACCUCAAAAAAAUCCUGAAUGUACAGGAUUUUUUUCUUUCCCCGACGGCAAAUCACGUUCGAUUUCAAUGCAUAUCAUUACAUGUGAAGAGCUUAAGUAAUUAAUGCAUGCAUCUGUGAGACUUCUGCUAGCUUUGCAUUUACUGCUGUACAAAAAAGAUCAGCUUUAGACGUAAAAAUAUACUCAAGAACCCAUAGUUAACGUGAUGCCUUUCAGUGUAGUGAGCGUUGAAGCAAUAAUUCAAAAGAUGCAUGUUAUUUGUACACUGACCAGCAUGGAAAACCAAUUCAAUAGAAAUUUUCCAGAAGGUCAUCGCAGUGUGUAUUAGAAACACUAACAGCAGGAAUAGCGCUCUAUGUGCAUGCUAUAAAACCAGACAGGCUAUUUAUUGCUGCUUAACAGAUUCAUAAUUUGUCCAUAGCUUUAUCAGCAGCUGUUAAAUAUGCUCGAUAGUGUCGCAAGCUAAAUAUAUGAACAAUUUUGUAUGGUUUUAUACUGUCCCUGUCUUUAGUUCACACUUCUGUGCUUUGAAGUUGAGCUUACUGAACGUUUUUAACCCAUUGCUGUCUGUGAUUCAACGAUUGUACAGGAGUUCUCAUGCAACACCUCUAACAUGUCUUGUGUGAUGUUUUUUUUUUUAUUUGUUUCUUUUUUUGCUUUUUGUUUCUGUUCCUUUCUUUGCAGAUCCCUAAAAGUGUUUGGCUGGCACAGGAGUGGCAGGGCAAGCGUCCUUGCGUGAAACGUCCUCCUCUUGUAACUGUAGUCAGAGAGCUGGCAAAUGGGGGACUAACUGAAAGGAUAUUCCAUUUUUAACGCAACCACUUUCACUGAACCCUCUCGUCUGCCAUAGGAGCGCAAACUGAUCUUUUUCAUGACUAGCGUGCUGAUUAUUUGCAAAAGCUUGCUUCUCGUAUGGACCUAGAGUAUUUAGCCUUGUGCCGUAGCUGCUUGCCGUCAGAGCCGAGCCUUUAGGUUUGUUUGCCGACGCACGGAAUAAGUGCCGUGUACAUGUCUUGUUAUUGCCUGGCUUGCUUCAGAGCCAAGAGGAGUUUCUCAUGAAGACAUUAGACUUAAUGAAUAUUUGUCAGUGCAGACUGUUCAGUUAUGUGAAAACUAUAAAAAUGUGGGGGAUAAAUGGGACUCAUUUUAUACAUCAUAGCCUAGCAUUGUUUUUCAGUUAUUAUUACAGUGUUUGCAAGGCGGCAGUGUAUUUCAAUCCUGCUUUUUUCUUCUUCUGCCCAAUUUUCAUUCAUUAGUUUGAUUUAAUUUAACGUGAAGCUAGUUUUAAAAAAAAGUAUAGAGACUUUGAAAUGGACGGAUGAAUGCCAUUUUCUAUUGAAGUUGAGGAUGGAUAUAUUGAAAGGCUUGUCUUUAGGAACUUAGGCGCUCUGCUAUUCAAGAGUUUGGGGUCAGUAAGAUUGGUAAAAAAAUAAAAAAUAAACAAAAAUAAUACAUUUAAUAAUAAAAAAUAUAGCUGUAAUUAUUUAACAAGCCUGUAACCACCAAAUCACUUAUUUAAAAAAGCAUUUUUGGCAAAUCCUGGUAAUUUACCAUAGAAAUAUUAUGUUUUUUAACAUUUGUGACUGUUAUAGUGCCAGUUGUGUUCUGAUCUCCUUAAACUUUUGCAUGCUUGUUUAGAAUCACCUGUCGCAUGUGCUAAGCAGGUUUCGUAAAGUUUAACAUUUUCCUUUUGGCUUUGUGGGAUUGUGGGUAAAUUUGGACAGGCCCCUUUUCUAAAUGACCCUGUUAUAGCUUCCCAAAGGGUAAAUGUAACUUUUUUUUGAUAAUUAUUGACCUAGAGAGUCCGGAGAAUUGUACUGAAGUGUUUUUUUUCCAGAUUGAAGGAAAAAACUAACAGUGGUUCUAGAGGCAAAGUUGUCUGAAAUGAGGAGUUCUAUCAUAUGAUUGGAUUAUCACGUAUAUGUGUGAAAAACUGCGCAUUGUACAGUCUUUACACCCUUGAAAAAUGCAGUAUCGCCCCAAAGUGACCAACUUCUUUCAAAUUUCUCGCAGACCUUUGGGACCGUGAGUCGAACAGGCCCACCAAGUUUUGUUCCAAUCGGCCUCCAUUAACCUCGUCUAAUAGGUGUUCAAACUUCAUCUGCCAAUGGUGGCUAUGUUUUUUUACGCAAAAGUGCUCAUAGACACUUUGUGGCACUAUCCAUGCCCAUGCACAGCGAUUUUCAUGUUGAUAUAACAAACGGUUGCGUAGUUAUAGCUCUGCGAUUUUCCCCUGCGAUAGCUCUCCUGUGAGCUCAGAUUGAGCUUUUACAUAGGUGUUCUGAGUUUGCAAAGAUAUUUCAUUCCGUUCAGGAGUUUUAGGCAUUUUACUGAAAGCUGCCCUGCCCUUUUCUAAUGUUUUGGUGUCCCUUCGUGACAGUAAGUGGAAAGUAAAAAAUUUUUUUUGAUAAUUAUUGAUAUUAAUUUUCCAGAGAAACUUUCUGCACUGGUUUGCUUCUGACUGGGUGAAAAACCUAGGACUAGUUUGCAAAAGUAUGUUUUCAAAAAAACCCAUAUCUGAUCAAAACGAUCAAAUCUGAGGCAUGCGUUUUGUCCGAUGUCAGCCAAGGAUUCCAACAACUUAAGGCACUUAAGCCUGCAACUGAUAGUUUAAGGGUUAUGAGCAAUUUCAUACUUUUGAUAGCUGUUGCGCCCCCGUCAGGCCGAUUGGGGCGAGCCUUGGUCAUGUUGUUAGCGGUGUGAGUACUACCAUCCCUCCAGGUUUCAUGUCUCUACGACUUAUGGUUGGGUCUGCACACUUAGUUUUAUGUGGGGAUUGCUGAUACUUGCUGACUGCUGUUAUUCUAACAAUUAAAAUAUGGUUUCAGCACUGUGCACUUGAACCCCUACAAAAAAAUAAUACAAAUAAUACAAUUAAUACUUUACGCAGCAAGCAUUAAAGCAAAAGUGGCUGCAAAGACAAAAUAAUAAAUGUUAUUCUUAUGAAGUUUUUCAGAGAAUCCUUUAAAAAAACGUACCGUGAUUUCCACAAAAAAACAAAAACAAUAAUGUUUUCAACAUUAAUAAUAAGAAAUGUUUCUUAAGCAGCAAAAUCAGUAUAUUAGAAUGAUUUCUGAAGGAUCAUGUGACACUGAAGACUAAAGUAAUGAUGCUGAAAAUUCAGACUGUAAUAAAUUACAUUUUAAAAUAUACAAAAUUGUAAUUACAUUUCACAAUGUUACUUUUUUAAUCACAUAAUGCAGGCUUGGAGAGCAUAUGGGACCUAUUUUAAAAACAUUUAAAAAAUCUUACAAACCCCAAACUUAUGAGGUCUUUAAACUGACCUAUGAAUGUUUUUUAAAAUUUAACAGACAGUGAAUGUCAUUGUAGUACUUGCAUACUGUAUUAUCUUUUCAAGCUAUAAUUUUACCUUAACACUUUUGCUGCCUUGCAAGCACUGGUAUUUCCACCAGGAAAUGCAAAUCUAGUUAUUAUUAUUUUUAAUAUGAUGAUGAAUGCAUAAUCAUCCCCUACAUUUUGUGUGAGGUGCUGUUGUAGAUGAAUAGUUCUCUAUGGCAGGUGAAGCGGUAAGCAUCUUUUCUGGUUCUCUUACUCUUUCCUCCCAGAGAAGAAAGAAGUGUCACCUCACUCACUCACUCACUCACUCAUUCACACUUUCUUCCUGCGAUGUGCACACACGCCACAGCUGCUCCCUUCUUCCUCUCGCUCUCUUUCUCACCUCCUCUUCUGUUUCUCUCACUGUCGCUGUCUCAAACUCUCGCUUUUUGCCUUCUCUCUCAGGCGUUUUUUCUUUUUCUGCUCUUUGUCUUUUUUUCUUGACCUGUUUUUCUGUUUGGACAGGCUGAAAUUAGUGUUUUACAGAUUAAUUUAAUCACAUACGAAUCAAACAGUGUUUUCCAUACAACCUCCGUACAAUUUUCAGAGCAAACUACCUAUGUUUUUCUGAUAAUUUGGUAAAUUUAAUCUAAUCCGAAUAAGAUUGUUUCACAGCCAUAUCCCAUUGCAUCUGCCAGUAGAUCUUUGUUUAUAAAUGUAAACUUUUUGCCAACUUCAUAGAUAAACAGUUAGUUAAGAUGGUUCAGAUUAGUAAUAGUUGAUACUUGCAAAAAAAAUCAUAAAUGCUCCAUUUUAAAAGAAAAGAAAAUGCCACUUACACUGCAAACAAAAAUGGUGUAGGAUUUACUUUGAAACAAUUUGCACUCAGAUAUUUCUAGUAAAUUUCACAAUUAAUUACAAAGAAAUGGCAGGUAACACACAGAAUAUAUAUAUAUAUUUUUUUUUUUUGUUUAUUUUUUUAAUGGUUCCUUUUACUUAAUUCCUUUUAUUUAAAGGAAUUAAGUAAAAUUUGUAAAUGGAUUUAAGGAAGAAUAACAUUUUUUGUAAUUAAUCGGAACCAUUUUGAACUAAUAUUUGAAAUAUUUUAAACAAAUGUAUUUUAAAAUACGAAUAUUAGUGAAUAUGAGCAUAAUAUGUUGAAAACACAGUAAAUUACACAAUUAAUUACAACGAAAUGGCAAGUAACACAUUGAAUUAACUGGGAAUUUAAGUCGAAAGACCGAAAUAUUUUCUUGCAAAUUUAAUUUGCAAAUUUCAAAAAUCAUUUUUUACACUGUACUCUGGUCUCAAAGCAAGGACACAACCAUGUCUUAAAAAACUGAGGGGGGAUAUUUUUCAUUUUAUUUUGGUGGUGAUGUAAUAUAAUAUAUAAUACAACUAUUUUGAACUAAUAUUUGUAAUAGUGCUGUCAAAUUAAUUAAUCACAUCCAAAAUAAAAGUUUGUUUACAUAAUAUAUAUAUAUGUGUGUACUGUGUAUACAUAUAGGUAUAUAUAAAUACACACACAUGUAUAUUUUCAAAAGAAAUAUUUACAUGUGUGAGUGUGUGUGUGUGUGUGUGUGUGUGUGUGUGUGUAUAUAUAUAUAUAUAUAUAUAUAUAUAUAUUAUAUGAUUUAUAUAGAAAUAUAAAUACAUAUUAGAUAUAUUUCUUAAAUAUGUAAAUGUAUGUGUAUGUACUCAUAUAUACAUAUACAAAUAAAUAUACACAAGACACACACAUGUACAAACUUAUUUUGGAUGCGAUUAAUCAUGAUUAAUCGAUUUGAUUGUGCUAUGUAAUUUAAAAGAUGUACUAAAAUUGUUUAUUCUAAGUAAACAACGUCCCUUAAAUCAAACAAUUAGAUGUAUUAAUAGGCUACUAAUAGGCUACUACUCUCAACACACCCAUUUUUCCUGGGAGUCUCCCGCAUUUACUCCCCCUCCAGUUUUGUUAUUUUUCCUGGAAAAUUCCUGUAAUAAUUUAUAUGGCCCGAACCUCAUUAUACGAAUAAUCAUGACAAUAUAUUAUUCCAAGCUUGUCGAGUUGCCAGAUCUUGUAUGAAACACAUCCUACUCACACAAUCAACACAUGAUAAAAAUUGCAACCCAUUUGUGACCUCAAUCUGGCAACCUACAACCCAGUUGCAUUGUUGAUAUCUGCGCAGGUAUAGUAGAUGUAGGAAGUUAAAUGAAACAUCACUAAUAGAAAAUGGAUUAAAAGGAAAAUAACUAUUUUGAACUAAUAUUUGAAAUAAUGCUGUCAAAUUGAUUAAUCAUGAUUAAUCACAUCCAAAAUAAGUUUGUGUUUACAUAAUAUGUACUGUGUGUAUGUAUUAUGAAUUAUAUUUAAGAAAAUGUAAAAUGUAACAAAAUAACUACAUAAAUAAAAAAUAGCUCAAUGUUUAAGACAUGUUUGCAUCCUUGCUUUUACAUCACAUAUGUAAACACAUGCAUAAUAUGUUGAAAACAUAAACUGCCUGUGAGUUACAUGAAUCAUAUUUAAAACUUUCUGUAAUCCUAACAACAAACAAAGCAGGUCCUGCAAAAACACAGAAAAACAUUAAACACUGCUAUUAUACUGUAUGGAAUGUCGCUCGGCCAAUCAGAUUCGAGGACUGCAACCAGCUGUUGCAUAAUCAUAUAAUUGGAUUCCGUCAGAAUCAGUUCAUGAUAUCCCAGACGUCCUCUAUUAAUAAAUGUAACUUAAUUGGCAUUUAGAAAAGUAUCUGAAUAGCUCUUCAGCCUCUUUCUCUCUCUCUUUUGCUUUCAUUCUCUCUGUCUCUCUCUCUCUUUCUCAGCGCGGUGGAUGUGGCUGUGUAUGGUGUAGCUGUAGUGGUGCAGUCCAGUAGAUGUUGAUGGUGGUCCUCAGCUGGUGCUGUGUUUCGACGCAUGCAUGCUUGCCCUGUCUCUGUGUGUGUGCCAGUCUUAGGGGGUCCAAUUCUCCAUAAAGUUCAAGCCUUCGAAUUCUGACGGUUGAACUUAAGCUUUUUAAAUUGUGUUUGUGCCUGUUUUUUUUUAUGUUUUCUCUCUUCUACACUUUUAUCUUGAGUAUUUUAUUUCUUUUGGAAAAUAUAUGCAUGGUCUUGUGUCUACAUAUCCCCCCUAAGUUAUUCUUUUGAAUUGUUUACACUGUUUUAGAUUCUUUUGUUGAGUCUCUCUGAAUGAUUGCUACCCAGGGUCCAAGAUUAACAAUCACCAAGUGCCACAUGCAAGUAAAAAACUGGCUUUGGUGAGUAAAUAAAACGUUACUUGCCUGUAUUUAGAAAUGCAACUGGUUUUAAGUGAUUUAAUUGUGAAUUAAAGACAAAUGCUUGAAUAUGUAACACUAUUAAUAAGUUUUCUCUUUUUUUCUAGAACUAUAUGUUUUAUAUGUUCCACUAAAAUAUAAGAAACAAAAACACAACCGGUCUUUGUAGCUUUUACAUAAUGAUCUGCACUUUCUAGCAAUAAAAAAAUAAAAAAAAAACAGCUUAAUUCCAUUGGCAUAGGAACAAAAGUAUAUUUUGAAUAAUUUUUUUGAAAAUCUUAGCGCAUUAGAAAUAUUUAUGGCUGGUAAAGUCUGUCAUUUGUUAAUUUUGGACCCUGUCAAUAUCAUUCUGAUUUCAUUUUUGAUGUUAAACACAAGUAUUUACCUCAUUCAGGAUAGGUUUGGGCUGCUCUUCAAUAAUAGGUUCUGAACGUGACGAAUAUUGUCAUAUCCAUUCAUGAAGAAACACUACUGCAGAGCUGAAAUGUCUGUGUUUUUCUGUAUAUUGUGCUUUUGAACUUGCUGGAUCCCUUCCUUCGAAGACCUCAUAAACAUAAAACUGCCAAAUCAAGUGUGAAAGGCUUGUGACUUUUUUGCAAAUGCUAACCAGUAUAGUAGACACUGAGUUGACUUUUUUUUUUUUCAGUUAUCAAAUCAUUCAUAUUGUAAAAGUCAAAACUGUAUGUCUGUCAAACUGGGCAGUUUUUAUGUAGAAGUUUAACAAAUUAAAGGUCAUUUUAAAAUGUU